CGGGGUCAGAGGUCGGCAGGAAGCGCGCGGUGCUGGCGGCGAUGGCAGCAACGCGGCCUCGAUCCGCUGCUGCCCUUCGCUCUGCUCAGCUGCAGCUGCUGCUGCCCUUGCUGCUGCCCUCGCUGCUGCUGCUACUGCUGCUGCUGCUGCCUGUGCCCGCGGACGGCACGGAGCUCACGUUCGAGCUGAAGGACAACGCGAAGCAGUGCUUCUACGAGGAGGUGCAGCAGGGAGCGCGCAACACGCUCGACUACCAGGUGAUCACGGGCGGGAACUACGACGUGGACUGCCGCGUGGAGGGGCCCACCGGCGAGAUCCUGUACAAGGAGAUGCGCAAGCAGUACGACAGCCACGUGUGGACCGCUGAGAAGAAGGGCAUCUACGCCAUCUGCUUCAGCAAUGAGUUCUCCACCUUCAGCCACAAAACCGUCUACUUUGACUGGCAAAUCGGGGACGAGAAACCCGUGGGCAAGGCCAGCACAAAUGGAGCAGUCUCACUCACACAGAUGGAGUCGGCCUGCGUGACGAUCCACGAGGCUCUCAAGUCGGUCAUAAGCUACCAGACGCACCACCGGCUGGAGGAGGCGCAGGAUCGCUACCAGGCGGAGCACCUCAACUCGCGUGUCACGCUGUGGUCGGUGGGCGAGACGCUCAUGCUGCUCUCCGUGGUGGUCGGGCAGGUGAUGCUCCUCAAGAGCUUCUUCGCGGACAAGCACACGGGCUCCUCGCGGGUCGGCCUCUAGCCCCGACGCGGGGCAGUGCACCGCUCGCUAGGCCGCCCGCACCAUUUUGUAGCCCAAAUGGCUUAUUAAAAAAGUUAAAUGUAAUGAUAAUUUUGUUAAAUAGGUCUUUUUUGAAGAGCCAAAACAUGCAUUUUCCAAAAAAUAGUUGGCUGUGCUGUUUAGCGCUGCUUUUGUUUGGCUGUCAGCCUGCUUUGGAAACUAAGCCAUUGGCUUUGCUCAAAGGUCUGCAGAAAAUGUAACAUGGGUUAUAGUGGUGUCAAAAACUAGAAGGACCGAGUGUGUGUGGUGUAGAGAAGCGCUGAUGGUAAUAUUCAUCGCAGUGCCUCCCAUACCAUGCUCUGGAGGCACAUUUACGUAAACACCAACCGAAUGGGAUACAACGUGGCUGCUGUGGAAUAUUAAAACGUGUGUGUUGUAGUCACGGCACAGCUGUUGCAUUCACUACUAAUUUGUGUAAAGGAUGGCUAUAAAUGUCACUCUGUUUGCACUAUUUGCUGUUCAUCUUACAUCUUGGAACGUUGACCCACUGUUUAAAUUUUUGGCUGUGAGAAGUCAAUAAGUUAUUAUUUAGAGGUUAACUUAAACAAAUAUUUAUGUUUGCAUUUUAAACAUGCGUAGGAGUCCCUCGAGUUCCCAGCCAGAUGCGGUAGUUAAAUAAGUUGCAUUGGCUAAAGAUAUUGGUGGACAAAACUUUCGUUUGCAGUAUAUUACCAGCAUGUUUUGAUUUUGUUGCCAGGGUUGUGAUAUUAAAUGCUUGUAUUAUUUGGUGUGUUCUAUUUUACAUAGUUUUGUGAGUGUGGAAUUUAGCGGUUUAAUAUUGAUGUAUUUUAAUUUGGUCAAUGUUGUGUUUUCUCCGUGAUAUUUUGAUAGGAAGCUUUUAUUUGGAUUUGAUUCGCGGACAGAUUUCCACUUUCUAAUUUUCCCGGUAUAAUUCCAAAUUAUGAACGUCGCUUAUGUAAUGAAAUUCACAUUUCAGACAACAGUUUUUACAUUUCGCAUUUGCAAUGUUGACAUUCAUCAAAGGUUUGGCUAUAUUGGCGAAAAUCUGACUCAUCUUUCUGCAAAGCAUUGUGACCUUUUUAUCAAAUGUCAACAGCCCUAACACGACCUUAAAAAAUGCUUUAUUCUGUUUCAUAUGUUUGGGUUUUGAUCACAGCAAAGGUCACUCUACUGCUCCUUGCUACUGAGAGAGAGCUCAUUGUACUUCGCAGUCACCUUUGAUGUUUGAUGGCAUUAUCAUGGCCAUGGCUACAGUGAGUGACCCAGGUGAAUUUCCUGGUGAAUUUGGUGAAACCGGUAAUAAAGGUGCUUGUCAAUGGGCGUUACACUCCUCCUGUCAAUCGGCCGUGGAAUGCAGAGCACAUUCACCAGGGCCCAAGUUGAUGAAUGAAAGAAUACAUUUUAUUGAUUUAAAGCAAGGGUUAUGUUUUCAAGAAAAAUAUCAUAUCUCAUGAUAAAAAAAAACCUGGAUCUUCGUCCACCAUCUCCGAAAAAUAAUAUGACACGCUCACCGUAUAUAAAAACGCUAGUUGGUUGGAGCGAGUGGGUAAUGUUUAAAUAUUAAAUAUGUUCACGUUAACACAUCAGAUGGCUUGUGAGCGACCAUUUGCUACACUAAUCAGCUGGGGCGAGUUAGCACCCAGCUUGGAUCUCCACAAAAGGGACAAUUAAUUACGAAAGUCGUUUGAGUGGUUUUUUGGCUAUUUAUGUUAAAUAACUCUUUUGGUACUGUGCAGUUACUGGAUGCUGCUUAUGUAGCAUACAUAAGCAUCUUAACCACAACAGCAUUCAUUGUUGCCUCCAACCCAAACCCAUGCUCAAGGUGCACCCUGACACAAGCCCAGUGUUAGAUGCCCUCUAGUGCUCAGACAUCGAAAGCAUCCCGAAGAAAGACAUCUGGGCCUAAUUGGGUUGAGGUUCAUCUCGAGUGUAAGCCCAAAUAUCUGUUGCACUGUCGAGCUGAGCAAUAAGAUGCAUUGUGGUCAAUUGAAGUACUGUAAAAUGUACCAUGUCAGCAGAUAACCUGUGUACUGUACUCUCAGAGUGCAAGUAAAGUUUUGACACUUCUA